AUGGUCGCUAAUAUCAGCAGGCCAUAUACACGGAAGCGCAAGAGGUUCACGAAUAGCUUGUCGCCAGGGCGCGCACUCAACAGCGACUCAGUGAGUCAGCGCAGCUCCCAGCUUCCCGCCGACGCGCCCGUUGAAAACGGAGUUGCACCGCCGACGCUAUCGUCCUUUAGAGACAGCGCGACUCCCGCUGUGAAUAAUGGCGAGCCCACUGCCCUCCCUGCAAGUAAUGGCGAGCCAUUCAUCAAAGAGGAAAGCUACCGUGGUCGGAGCGAGUACUUGGGCGGUAGCGUGCCUUUUGAUGAAAAUAUGGUGAAACCGGGCCACGAGACAACGUACACCAGUCAAAAGGCAUCGGCUGCGGAUCUUCAGAUGUUGCGUGAGCAAGGUGCUUUUGAGUUACCUCCAUUGUCGGUCCAAAGAGAGUUGAUGAAGAGCUUUCAUAAGUAUUGCGCGCCGUGGACGCCGGUGGUUGACCCCAAGUGGCUGGACGAGAGUACGCCGCCGUCGAUGCUGCUUCUUCAGUCGAUUUUCCUAGCUGGAAGUAGGGUGUCCAAGGCGCACUUGGAUUAUGGGUCAAGUGAGGUCUUCUAUCGGCGUGCUAAACUACUAUUCUUCUUUGGUGGUCGCAGUAAUUCGCUGAUUUCAAUCGUCGCUGCUUGUCUUCUGCACUGGUAUAAUCCAGUCGGACCGGAAGACGUCUCGACAGAUACGAGUGGGUUCUGGAUUCGAACGGCCGGAGCAAUGGCCUUCCAAAUUGGACUUCAUAAGGAACCUCCGCCCAAUGCGAAGGACCGUGGUCUACGCCGACGGUUGUGGUGGUCUCUUGUGGUCCGAGAUAAUGUUAUAUCAGUCGGAGUGGGCAGGCCACGUACGAUCAACCUUCGAGAUAGUGACGUCCUUCCCCCUUCUAUGAAUGACUUCCCGGUCAAGGACUUCCAGGCACGGCUCUUUUUGGCAUACUGCACAAUAUCCUGUCACUUGGGAGAUACCGUGGAAUACUAUCUACGGCGAGAGAUUUCCCGGCAGCGUCGGGUUGAUCUUGAAAAUGCUAUAUAUAGAUGGGCUAAGCAGGUCAUCCCGAAGCUCCGGUCAUCUGCUACCCUGCAAGAAGACGCUAUAACCUCGCAUUUGGAGGUCCAACAACUCUCAGUCAUGUACUUUGUUGUACUGACCAUCCUGCAUCGCUCUCCCACACCGAACAGCGUACCACCUGCAGCAUCGCUAGUCGCAUCAUCAUUUAUCGCAGGAAUCUACGAAGAGUUCCUUCUCCGGGACGAGCUUCGAUAUCUCGGCCCCGUUUUCGCAUUCUACCCACUUUGCAGCGGAUUAUCACUACUCUCAAGUUGGCGCUACUCCCAGCUACAAAGCACAGCCGAGCAUGAGCUCACAGUCAUCAAGCUCUCUCUUCAAAAGCUAUCCGAAAGGUGGCUUUCCGCGGUCGGACCUCUACGAGCCCUGAACAAAUUGACCGAAAAAGUCCGAGAACAAGGCCCCCUUGAUGGCCCACCUCCAAAGCUUGACUUUGACACGGCUUCUUUCUUUGACGGGUUCGACGUCAGGUUGUGCAAGCAGUGGCGCUUGAUUGGGCAGUCUGCCGAGCCAGAAACUCCUGUCCCGGUGACUACAGCUACGUGCACACUGGCCGAGGUUCAGGAUACGGAUGAGGCGGUUCAACCCUUCAAUAAUACCCAGCCGGAUGAUGCGGCAGAUGAUUUCGGCUUCCCGGCUCUUGAUACUAGCCUGGAGCCUUUUACCAGUAACUGGGAAGGGUCUGGCUUUGAUUGGAGUGGCUCGUGGUUGCUUAACAUAUAA